ACACUCGGUUACAUUCAAUUGCGGGAGAUGCACCUCCCAUAUUGUCAAGCGUCUUUGGUCCUGAAGCUGAAGAAAUCCCAACGGAAAAACACUUGAAAUUAGUUUCAGUGGAGCUCACUGACACUUUAAAGCUUUAAAGAAAGUUUCAAUCGGGAUGGUUUUUUUUCGAUGUUUGCUUAGUCUCUUGCUAGCAGCAGCUUCUCCAAGUGAAACGGAGAAAAUCAUGCCUGUGCACAACUUGACCCUUCAGUGGACCAGCGACUUUGACGCACAGUUGUGGUGGGCACACAAACAUCUGCCGUCAAACUGCAUGUACAAAGUGUUGUGGAGAACAAAGGAGGAAUACUCUACAGAGGAGAGCAAUCAUCAGACACCACCGUCCUUGUUGAGCUUUUCCAUGGAGGGGGGCUCCUUGUUUAUUUCUGUUCACACCGUCUGUAAGGACCAACACAGCCAGCCUGCCGUCCUCAAUGUUACAUACCCAGAGCUGGUGUCUGAUGUGCAGUGCAGCAUCAUCUCAUCCAUGCUCACUCAGUGCUCCUGGCGGCCGCUCGGUCCUCCUCCAAGUCUCUCUUUCUAUUAUGGGUUAGUGGACGAGCUGGAAGACACGGCAUCCUCCGAAUUACAAGAGUGCCCGUUAUACACCCACACCGAGGGCCUGAGGACGGGCUGCCAUCUGCAGUCCACAGCCAUCCAGUCCAUCUACAUGUUAUUCAACACAACCCUUAAUGAGACCUUGGUCAGAAACACCUUCAAAGUGAUGCCUGUGCCAGUGACUCCUCGCCCGCUAAACUGGAGCGUUAGUGAAGUUGCAGGCAAAUUCAUCUUAAACUGGAUCCCUCCUGAUGUUUUACGUCUGUCUCGUUGGACAUUCAUCAUAAAUUACACUGAGUGUGAUGAAAGGAAGAUUAUAGAAGUCCCGGGAAAGACGUCGGCGCUAAUACAUCGGGUGUCCCACUGCUGCUACAGGAUGUCCCUUAAAGCACGCAGCUUACACGGAGAGACAGGAUGGAGUGAUGCAAAGUAUUUUGAUGAAGCCAAAGAUGCGAAUGCGAUGCUGUACGCCGCCGUCAUCAUCCCACUGCUGUUUGCCGGCCUCACAUCGUUGACUUGCGUGUGGUUCAGGAGAAAAAAAGAACAUAUCUUCACCAAAGUGCCACAACCUCGGGACCUUCUCAGUGAUAUUUACAACCAUCAAACAAAGAGUGCAGUUUUCAACCUUCAUUUCCCAGAAAAGGAGGAAGAGGAUCCUAAGAUUACUCUGGUGACGGAUCUGCAACAAUCUCAAUCUCAUCAUUACAUUUGACUUCUUGGAAAAAAAUAAGACAACUUGAAUGUACGUGGGUGAAAGGAAUGAAUAAAAGUGUAAAAAGGUGAGAGGAGGGGGAGGUUCCUCAUCUGAUGAACUUCUACUUAUAGUGUAAUUCCAUCACUCAAUUAGUGAGUUAAUGUGGUGGUGAGUUAAUGUGAUCAAAAUGGCCAACACAGUAUUGCUUUUAAACAAAAUACCUUGUAUUUAACAGUGGACUUGUGACACUGCCACGCUCGGAACAAAGUAGUCCCAUUCUUUAGGCUAAAUCCGGAUGUAACACUCGCAGCUGUGAUGCAUUUCUGGGAGCUCAGCCGAAAGGCGCCACGGCGCCCUCUGGUGGCCGUAGUCGUCACAACAAACAUGGCGUCUUAGAAUGGUCCUGAUGCUGCGCGGCGAUGAAAUAGCGAUGCCGCGUAUAAAUUCUGAUACUCGGCUACCUCGUUGGCGCA